UUAACAUCGAGAGAAUUCACAAUUAAUUUAAUAGAGCAAUUUGUAAUUUAUUCAUUAUAGAAAAUGUCUUUAAAGAAGUCUUCUUUCUUUUAUAUAUAUUCUACCUACCUGAUGUUUACGUUUUUUUUCUCUUCUGCUCACAAGAGAAAUAUAUAUGUGACACGAGAAAAGGGACCUUAUGGUAAAGAAAUUUUACUUUAUAUCUAGUGCUAGUUUUAUAUUGAUAAAAAGUUUCUAAUUAAUUAGGUAGAUUAAUUAAUUAAUUUUUACUAGGGAAUAAGUAAAAUAAUGAUGUAUAUAUAGAUUUAAUUAUAAUUAAAAUUAGUAUAAACUUUCGCUCUUUUAAUAAGUUUUUUCAAAAAUUCAAAAUAGUUCCAAAUAUAGUCACGUGACCCGAUGGUAGCGCUCCUAGUGUUCAUAAUUGGUAAUACUAAACAUUGCGCAGUGUUAAAUUUAAAUAGUCUCUGCUUAACCCGCAAGAGGUCAGUAGUGAAAAAGAAGAAAACGAAGAAGAAAUUAGAGAAAUUUCUUCCGUUUUGUCAAAUAGUUUUAUAAAUGUUUGUAAGUAGGUAUCAAGUGCAUUUGUUUAAAUUGAAAAAAGUUAUUAAAGUGUUAAAAUUUGAAAUUAUUAAGAUCAUUUUACUGUUGGUGAUGUUCAACAAUUAUCAUCAUUUCCAGCACUUUGGUUGCCAAGGGUCAGGAAAAUCAGGGAAUAAAAUGUACUGGAAAAAUAUCUAAAAAUGGUAAAAUAUAUUUAAAAGAAGAGGAAUAAUAAGAAGAAAAAGGAUAAUCUUCACUUCACUCUCCCCCUUUUAAAAGUUAAAAGCAACACCAAGAUGACAAAUAGUCCGACUGUCUGUAAACUUCAAGGUCGAGUGACGAAGAAACGUGCAGCACCUCCACCUCUGUGAGAACAGUGAAUUAUACAUGCCGGCACAAUUCAUAGAAAAAAAAAAGCAUGUUUGGUCUGCGAGACAACGCCUUUUUUUAUCGAAAUUACACACGAGGUUAUUGAACGAUGAAAGUGAGAGGACAGACUUAAGUUGAAAAAAAAGAGAUAAAUAAAAAAAAAUGUACAUGGAUUCUAUACCUGCGGCAAUUUACAAAUACGGGUCGAAUAUGUAAUCAUGCAAAUCCAAGAUCAUCGAUAGACAAUUCAAAUGCUGUAAAGUAAUUAAUAUAUGGAGAAUACUUAACUAGUUCUAAUUUAUAAAUUACUUCAUACAUAUAAUUUAGAGGGGAAAAAAAUUAUAUUUUCUACAGUAAAUAUCUAGAAAUUUGAACUAUGGACCGAAGGAUAAAAAAAAUCAAGGAUAAAACAGAAAUUUGGACUAUGGACCAAGGAUUAAAUUAAAAGAUGAAAGAAAUCAAGGAUGAAAUAGUGGCGACACUGCUAUGCACAACGACGAUGCCCGUUCGUCGUGUUCGCGAGCACAUGUCCAAUCCCGAUGGAGUUAAAUGGGAACGCGAGAGUGAAACGCCAAUCCUGGCUGAAAGAAACCUCGGGAGGAUUAAAAACUACAAGGAGAAUGGCAAAAAAAUCUCAGCCAGCAGCACUUCAAGCAGAAGUUUCAACUGAUGAUGAAUGGGACAAAAUUUUAGAAAAAGAUGGUUUACUAGUUGCAGACAUUUAUUCCGAGUGGAGUGGACCCUGCACUGGAAUGGUUAGCAUUUUGAAGAAAAUCAAAAUGGAAAUAGGAGGCGAUACACUCAACUAUGCCAUUGUUAAGUGUGACAACAUCACGUCUUUAGAACGUUUCAGAGGCAAAAGUGAACCAACUUGGAUGAUUAUUCACAAUGGUCAAAUGGUGAAUCUUGUAUUUGGUGCCAAUUGUCCAGAACUUUUGAGGGUUUUAAAUAUUGAAUUAGAAAGAGUACAAAAAGGAGAACCACACGAUUUUAGCAUUCCAGUCUCUCAGAGAAGUCCAGAAGAAGAAAAUAGACUAAAAAUAAUAGAAGAAUCAAAAUUAGCGAAAGAAACUGCAAAAAAAGCACAAAGAGAAGCUGAAGCAAAGGCCAAAUAUGAAGAUGAAAUACAUCAUUUAACAGUAUCAUUGAAAGGUGAAACUUGUCUAUUAUUAUAUCCAUGGAUUUUAAAAGAUGAAGAAGGACAUAGACGUGAUAAAAAAUCUAGUCCACCUUAUGUUGAACUUGUAGAGGAAAUUUUACCCGAAAAUUUCAGUAUUGAACAAGAAUUUAGAAAGUCUGUUGAUGAAAAUAUGUUGAACGAAAUGUUUAAAGAAUCGGACUAUAAAAUACCAAAAGAAGACGAAAUAUUAAUGUUAGAUGGAAAAUGUAUUUUUAUGCGUCUAAAAAUCAAUGAAAAAAAAUCUGAACUUCAUGUUGAAAAACAUUUAAUUGGUCUUUUAUUUGGAGAACCAAAUUUUCCCCAAGUUGGUCAAGAAUUAAUAGAAGGAUCUUAUGUUCAUAAACAUCAGCCAAGUGUGAUACCAAUUGACAGAGAAAAUCGCAUUUUUCCCAUUGUAUGGACACCAUUAAAUUCACGAAAUAAAGCCUUGGUAUUCAAAUUAAUUUUUCGCAAAUAUUUGGAUUCUACAUAUCCCUAUGAAGAUAAGACCUACAAAAUUCCUAUAAUUGUCUUCAAAUACGAUAGUACGAGAAAAAAUGAAUUGAAAGUAGUUGUAGAAAUUUAUAAUUCAGAAAUUGUCCAUUUUGGAGUAUUUGAACGAGAUAAACCACCUGAAGCAAAAUUAAUAGCCACAUCUAUUGAAGAAUUUGAAUCGAUUAAUUGUGAAAAAACAAGCUACGAAACGUUUGUUUGCGCUGUAAAAAAAGUUGGUUCGGAAGCAUUUUUGGCAUUUGCCGGUAUUGGUCCUUAUCAUGUGAGCGAAAAUCCAGAGAAAGCUAUUGAAGAAUCAAAAUUAUAUUUCCCAACUGUGACAUUUACAGAAGAUCCACCAUCUGAUGAUGAAGAAAAAUUGGAGGAACUCGAAGAUGGAAAAUUAGAUUCAGAAAUGGUAAUUAUAUUAAUUUUAAAUAUUAAUCUAGAUUAAACAUGAUUUUUUUCUUUUUUACAUUUCAGAAAAACGAAGAUACUAAAGGACAUUAAAAUGUAAUUAUACAUUUAAAAAAAAAAUUGCGAUAUUUAAUAAAAUUUCUAUAACUAAAAAAUUGAGUUUAAUUAAUUUAAAAAAAAAAAUAGAAGACUGAUUUUUGAAAGAAAUUGUAACACAAUUGCCAAUAUUUAUUUUCCACUGACCUUAUACAAAGAGAACAUAAAGAUAAAAAAUGCCUUGUAAGAGGUUUGUAGUACAAUAAAUUUCGGCGAUGGAUUAAAUUACUUCUUGUAACCGCAGCUA